AUGGCUAAACAUAUCUCAAAGAAGAAGAAGACGACAAGCAUGAUGAUCAUCUCUACUGAAUCUACAGAUGAAGAAGAUGAAUGGAUUCUAGAAACUCUUGAAGCAAAUGUCCAAAAAGAUACUUCUACUCCUUCACAGACAACUAUUAUACCACCCAAAGAUUCGGUUGCCAAGUCAUUUGCCGAGGAGGCACGAACUUCUGACAUUCUUGCAUACGUAUCUAAUACGGAUGCAAAUGUCAUCAUAGGUGAAGAUGAUUCGAAGAAAGAUGAACAAGAUUCCCCAACAUUCGAAAAUGUCAUCAAAAAUCCAUUUACUUCUCUUUUCUCUUCUCAAUCAACUGAUCCACCCACAACCACUUCACCAAUUAAAGAAUCUAUCUUUAUAGAGACUGAGAAUGAAUCUAAAGGUUUUGGAGAUCUUGGGGGAGGUAAUUUUGUGUCAUGUUUAGAGGUUGAUGGUUUAUUAAAACUGCUAGAAGGAAAGAUCACUUUGAAAGUUUCUGGUAUGCUCAAAGACUCUGAGUGUCGUUUAUAUGAGAAGGUUGAUCUAUGUGAUCAAUACAAUGAGCUGAGGGUGAAUUCUCAAAAUUCCACAUUUGAAGGAGAUUUGAAGGCAUUGCAAAUGGCGAAAAAGGAACGUCAUGUAUUGUUUAUUCAAGAUGUCAAGAAGGUUUGUGAGGAUGUCAACUUAAAAAUUCAAGAGCUUCAUCAAUAUAUGGACAAAGAGAUUGCAUGUGUUCGAACGGACUAUGCUUCUCUAAAUCAGAAGGUUGACAUCAUAUUUGAUGCAGUGACGAAAUUUGCCAAGUUGUAUGAAAGUUGGAGUCCUCAAUUAUCUCAACUCUCUACAACUAAAAACAAAAAUUUUAUGGAGGUCAUCACGUUGUUAAAGGAGCUCAAAGAAUUAUCUACAAAGCCAGUCUCAUCUUCUCAACUAUCUUCAGAUUUUCUGUUGCAAAAAUUUUCUCAAUUCGAAGAUAUACUUCUCAAACAAUUGGCUCCUCUUUCUCGCAUAUCCAUCCUUUUUCCAACAACAGAUGCCCCAUCUGUUAUAUGUCACACCCCAAAAACCGAAGGCGGAAACAUUUCCGGGGUUGACUCCACGUAG